AUGGCACCAGCCCACGAAACAGUCCCAAGCUCAGACAUAUACGGCCCCGGGACAUACACCGACAAAACUUUCCUGCCCGCCCCGCAGGAUGCCACCCGUAUCUUCGAGUACAUCGCCAAGGGCACCCCCGGCUUCACCCAAGACAAGAAGCUGUGGGAGACCGUAAAGUUCAGCGGCACCGACGUCCCCGUCAUCCCAGGCCCAACAAAAGCACCCCUCGUCGCCGCCGCCCUACACGCCAUGUGCGGUGUCGUCGCCCACGAAAUCGUCCAGGACCGCGACGGCACACCCGCUGAAUCCCAGCAGGUCAGCGUCAACACCGACCACGCGGCUAUCUGGCUGGGCACGAUCUUCGCCGCCGCUAUCGAGGGCAAGGAUAUGUCUGAGAUUACGCGGAAGGGAGAGCUGAAGGGACUCUUCAAGCGCGAUUUCGAGGGGAACUUCAUGUCCUCGCCUAUGCGCCAGCGCACUACGGCGCUGUAUAAGACGAAAACGCCCGGUGUGUGGUACCAGCUUCAUGGAUCGCUUGAUGCGCCUCCUGUUCUGAAGGCUAUGGGCAUGGACCCUGAGUACCCCGUGAAAACACCCGAGGAGGCGUACGAGUACAUCGCGAAGCACGUCGAGCAGUGGACCGCCGAUGAGAUCGAGAUGCUGAACGUCAAGAAUGGUUUCUGUGGGAGUAUCUGUUUCACGCCCCAGGGGUGGCUCGAUACCCUGAUGGGCAAGAGACUCGAUGAGAAGCCGCUCGUGGGCUACUCGAAGCAGACGCAUGCGAUUCCCACGCCGCCGGCGCCCAUCCCUAAGGUUGAAGGCGAUAAGCGCCCGCUGGCUGGUGUCAAGGUCGUCGAGUUAGUCCGGAUCAUCGCCGGUCCCGUCAUCGGCUCUACGCUCGCGGCGUACGGCGCGGACGUCAUCCGCGUGAACUGCAGCCGGUUGACGGAUCUGAAUGUCCUGCAACUCACACUGAACGCCGGGAAACGUACCAUCGAUAUCGACCUCACCAAGGAAGAAGACAAGGCUCGGCUGCGCGAACUCCUCGCCGACGCGGAUGUCUUCGUCCAGGGUUUCCGGCCCAACGCUAUCGCACGCAAGGGCUUCGGCGUGAACGACCUCCUCGAGAUGGCCGGAAACAGGGGCAAGGGUAUUGUCUACGUUGAGGAGAACUGCUACGGUCCUGACGGGCCUUACCAUGAGCGUCCUGGGUGGCAGCAGAUCGGCGACGCCGCGUCUGGGUCUUCGUAUGUCAUGGGUCGGUCUCUAGGGUUUAACGAUGGAACAAGCAUUCUCCCCCCUCUUCCGAUCUCGGAUAUGAGUACUGGUCUUGUUGGGGCGCUUGGUGCGAUGAUGGCGCUGCGGGACCGAGCCCGGACUGGGGGUUCAUAUUGUGUGACGAGCUCGCUUGUCAAGGCUGAUGCGAUCGCGCUGGAGCCGGGGAUCGGGCUUUACUCGCCUGAGGUGGUGCAGAAGAGUAAUGAGCUGUUCAAGUGGGGGCAUAUUGGGCCGGAGCAGUUCGUUAUUGAGAUUCUGUUGGUUGUUAUGGAUGGUUGGAAGAGGGUGUUUCCUCAGUACUUCCAGGCUGGUGGGGAUGAGUCGCUGCUGGCGAGUUAUAAGGAGGGUGCUUGGGGCGCUGUGGACUUGCUUAAGCCGGUGACGAGACUCGGUGAUGAGAGUGCUACGCCUAGGUGGUUGACUGCGUCUGUUCCGAACUGUUAUCAUGACCAGGGGAUUCAGUGGUUGUAA